CGCAGUCGCGUAGCGGUCAAGGCUCCGCGACGGUCGACCGUUGCCUCGAUACAUUUACAAUUAAAAAAUAAAAAGCGCGCGUUUCCGCAAACGUCAAAAACGGCACAGAUUAAACAUAACCUAUUUUUUUUUUCUUAAAAAUAGAGCGUUAGAUGUUUGAAUCGGAAGAUCAUCUGUAGUUUAUCGUCUUUUAGUUCGAGUAACUGUUAAAUCCUCAGUGUCGGAUAAUGAGUUCGCCGUGAUUGUGCGGCGUCUUGGUGCCCGUUAAACAGGCACAACUUAUACCCCAUUCUACAAUGAAACAGCAACAUUAGAAAAAUACAAAAAUGGGCCCGCCAAUAAGCACAUGGCCUUACAGCCAACCAAUAGACGUGAAGUGCGGUGACAGUGCCAGUGAUACCAACAUUAACAAAAAGUGUUUGCUAAACAAAUUCGUUGAUAGCUUCAGACUAGUAUGUUUAAAUUUCACAUUUGCCCUAUUAGUUUUCCAAGUGUUGUUAAAUUUGAAUUAUGUGAAGGCCGGACCGGUUAUAUUAAAUAUGGACUAUUUGCAAGGUCCUGUCCCACUAGCUAGAAAUAUAAGACACUUGCCGUGUAUAUCUAGAAGAACGGGCCAAGAGGGCCUGUGUAUGUUCGCCAUAGAUUGCCUGAAAGCCAACGGCUCUCACUUAGGUACCUGCAUAGACAGGUUUUACUUCGGAUCUUGCUGCCAAAUCCCAGAUAAGACCAUCCUCCCUCAAAUUAUAGGGAAUAACAUAGAAGACAACACGAUAGACAGCGGUAGUUUUGUACAUCCACAAACAGAAGAUAAAGUACAAAGCACUGUAACAAAAAUACCAGAUAUUUUCCCAACAAGAAAAAUUACAACAGAAAAGACAACGGUAGCAGAUAAGGUCCAAGACAGAACUGAAAGUGAUGAAUUUAAAACUACGUUAGAUGAAAAAGACGAUGGUAAAUUGACGACAGUCGCAAUCGUAGAUACGACUAUUAAACCUCAAGUUAAUAAAACACCAGACGUAAGCACAGAAUUGCCUAUAAAAUUAUCAACUUUCCAGACAGUCUCUGGUGAUAUCAGCAACACGGUGACUGAAGAAACUAAAACCGAAACAACAGAAGCACCUAAAAUUACUACUAGUACAACAACAACAGUUAAACCUACUAGACGACCAACAAAACCAACUAUCAAACCAUUUAGGCCAGCAAACUUUACCAGACCUCCAUAUUUAUCUACUACAUCAAAACCCAAACCUACGAAACCAGUAUUAGUAUUUAACAUCACAAGGAAACCACCGUACAGACCUCCACCUAAACGACCAACGACUAAGAAACCUUUACCAUUACCUCCUAGACUAAAUAUUACAAUAUUACCACAGUCCACCAGCACUAGACCUAUAUUUACAAGACCAUCCGUUCCAUCAAUAACUUAUAUUAAUACAACGUCUACUGAAGACAUAACAACCACUUCAUCAACUACUCCUAGUACAACAACUGUAACGAGUACAACGAUUUCAACAACGCUUUCUACAGAAAAGAUUACAGAGCCAACAACAAGUACCACGACUACCACCACAACAACAACAACCACUCCAAGUACUACCACUACAACAUCAACAACAACCGAAUCGCCAACAGAAACAACUGAAGCGUUAACGGAAACAACAGAAAGAUUAACAAGCGAAUUGUCUUCAGAAGUACCUAAAUUGACAACAAUACAAGAAGUGGCCACAGAAAAAGCGACGUUAAUGCCGGCGAUUGAGGCUGAAAGUCCUACAACACCAAUUUUAACAUCAUCGUCUUCGCCUGCGCCAUCGGUGUCGACAACAACUGUGAUUACAACUGAUUUUCCGCCAUUAGUCACAUGGUCAACUGUAGACGGUGCGACUAAGGCACCGGAAAAUGGCACCACUGUUUCUGAUGAAAACUGGUCACCAAUUACUCCCCCUGAAGGUUGGGUGUUAAUAUCAACAAUUCCACCCACUCCUGUUACAUCGACUACACCAUCUUCUACAAGCACAUUAACAACAAAAACGACGACAACUACCACGACGACAACAACAACACAGCCCCCAACAACAGUAGCUGAAACUGUACCAAUAUACCAAGAUAUAACUGAAACAACUCUACAAACAGACGUUCCUACUCCACCUGAAACUACAACAACGGAGAAAAUAUCAAAAACAACAACAACAACAACAGAAAGAAUAGAAACAACACAGCCUAUGCUCGAGUUCACAGUGAACGUAACAUUAUCACCAACAGCCCCAACAUUGACAUCAACAAUGGCGCCAACAACAAAUUCAACAGAAGAACAGAACACAACGGAAAUUACUACUGUUGUUCCGGAAUUAACAACAGUGGAUGCUAUGGAAUCAGAAAUAUUUUCAAACGAGACUUCUGCUGCCAAUUACGGAAAGGAUGACUACAAGAAAGUGUGCGGGCGGCGGUUCUGGCCGGCGGCGCGCAUCGUCGGCGGCACGAAGUCCGGCUUCGGACAGUGGCCGUGGCAGAUCUCACUCCGGCAGUACAGAACUUCGACGUACCUUCACAAGUGUGGCGCCGCGCUGCUCAAUGAGAACUGGGCUAUUACGGCUGCUCAUUGUGUUGAACAUGUUCCCCCAUCAGAGCUGCUGGUCCGACUAGGAGAACAUGACCUAGCUAACGAAGACGAACCAUAUGGAUACGCGGAGAGACGAGUCCAGAUCAUCGCCAGCCAUCCACACUUUGACCCUGCCACCUUUGAGUACGACUUAGCUUUGUUGAGAUUCUACGAGCCGGUGAAAUUUCAACCGAACAUUAUACCGAUCUGCAUACCCGACGAUGACGACUACUACGUCGGUAAAACAGCACACGUCACUGGCUGGGGGCGACUCUAUGAUGGUGAGCUGAUGGAGGGCCCAUUACCCAGCGUGUUGCAAGAGGUCCAAGUGCCGGUGAUCAACAACAGCGCGUGUGAAGCGAUGUACCAAGCGGCCGGCUACAAUGAGCACAUCCCUAACAUCUUCAUUUGCGCGGGAAGGCAGAAGGGAGGCGCUGACAGUUGUGAAGGCGACAGCGGCGGCCCAAUGGUGAUCCAGCGGCCCAAAGACAACCGCUUCGUGCUGUCGGGCGUCAUCUCGUGGGGCAUCGGCUGCGCGGAGCCCAACCAGCCCGGCGUCUACACGCGCAUCUCAGAGUUCAAGGACUGGAUCAACCAGAUCCUCAUGUUCUAGAGUAUUUUCUCUCCACGUUCUGUGGUUUACGCGAAAGAUUUGGGUUGGCGAGAUGAAUCCAAGAGAAUAUUCCAGAUUUAACGUUUGUAAGGAUUUUGUGAUGAGUUGAAUGUGUUACGAUAAAAAAUUAUAAACCCCGUUAUUUAUAAAAAUGUUAAAGCAAAGUAUGUUUUGUCCCUAUCGCACUUUAUGAUAUUUCAAAUUGAUAGAAAGACACAAAACAUACUUUAGCAUAAAGUAACAUACAACACAACAAGAUUGAAGUUAUACAAAAUCUACUUUAAGUUAAUACGCAGAGGUGAAUGAUUUUUCACAUCUUUCGCAUUUAAUUUAAUAAUAUCAAUUACAAGUGCAUUUACAUCCAUACAGUCGUGGCACUGCGCAGGUGGAUUUUACCUGUACAUUUAAGUAUAUCUCCCGAAUAGGGAUGAUACGGGGAUGACUUAUCGUUAACUUUGCUCCUUUGUAUGGCAUGUGUGUGGCAAGUGCUAGUGUUUUCAUUAUUUCGUGAUAUAAAACAAUUAAUAACGAUGUUUUAGAUUAUUCGGUGAAUAGGGAUUUAUUGCACAAGCUAUGAACAAAUUGAUUGGUGCUAAUUGUGUCCAAAAACAAGUGUUUUGUUAUGAAUAAGAAUAUUUUGCUAAUGAACAUUUCGAUUGAAAACAUUACGAAAUUGGUAAACAAUUUUGAGAUAAUCGAAUAGGUAAAAAAUGAACAACGAAUUUAUUCGAUUAGGUAGUAUAGAAUAAAAAUAUAUUUAUUAUUUUAUUAUUACUGAAUUUGUAACUAAAUGGAUUUUAAUUAUUGUAAUUGCUAUUAAGUACAUGUGAAAAAAGAUUAAAGUAUUUUUCUUUGUAAAAAAAAAUUGUGGCUUCAGAUUCUUUGUCGACAAGACCGUCCAGUAAAAAAGUUUUAUUGUAAAUAAUUUCCAUAGAUAAGAUAAACCUUGCAUUUAUUAUUAUUUAUGAAUUAGCCAUAAUAAUAACUUUGCGAUCGAUUCGUGCGAAUCGAAUCUAACAAUGUAUGAAUUUAAUAAAUAUAAUUCGAAAAUUGA